AUGCCAGAGACCCGCUCAAUACCCCUCCCAACCAGGACCGAGGGCCCCCUAUACCCCCUAGACCCGCUCAAUACCCCUCCCAACCAGGACCGAGGACCCUCUAUACCCCCUGCCAGAGACCCGCUCAAUACCCCUCCCAACCAGGACCGAGGACCCCCUAUACUCCCUGCCAGAGACCCGCUCAAUACCCCUCCCAACCAGGACCGAGGACCCCCUAUACUCCCUGCCAGAGACCCGCUCAAUACCCCUCCCAACCAGGACCGAGGACCCCCUAUACUCCCUGCCAGAGACCCGCUCAAUACCCUUCCCAACCAGGACCGAGGACCCCCUAUACUCCCUGCCAGAGACCCCCUCAAUACCCCUCCCAACCAGGACCGAGGACCCUCUAUACCCCCUGCCAGAGACCCGCUCAAUACCCCUCCCAACCAGGACCGAGGACCCUCUAUACUCCCUGCCAGAGACCCGCUCAAUACCCCUCCCAACCAGGACCGAGGACCCUCUAUACCCCCUGCCAGAGACCCGCUCAAUACCCCUCCCAACCAGGACCGAGGACCCCCUAUACCCCCUGCCAGAGACCCGCUCAAUACCCCUCCCAACCAGGACCGAGGACCCUCUAUACUCCCUGCCAGAGACCCGCUCAAUACCCCUCCCAACCAGGACCGAGGGCCCCCUAUACCCCCUGCCAGAGACCCGCUCAAUACCCCUCCCAACCAGGACCGAGGACCCUCUAUACUCCCUGCCAGAGACCCGCUCAAUACCCCUCCCAACCAGGACCGAGGACCCUCUAUACUCCCUGCCAGAGACCCGCUCAAUACCCCUCCCAACCAGGACCGAGGACCCCCUAUACUCCCUGCCAGAGACCCCCUCAAUACCCCUCCCAACCAGGACCGAGGACCCUCUAUACCCCCUGCCAGAGACCCGCUCAAUACCCCUCCCAACCAGGACCGAGGGCCCUCUAUACUCCCUGCCAGAGACCCGCUCAAUACCCCUCCCAACCAGGACCGAGGACCCUCUAUACUCCCUGCCAGAGACCCGCUCAAUACCCAUCCCAACCAGGACCGAGGACCCUCUAUACCCCCUGCCAGAGACCCGCUCAAUACCCUUCCCAACCAGGACCGAGGACCCCCUAUACUCCCUGCCAGAGACCCGCUCAAUACCCCUCCCAACCAGGACCGAGGGCCCUCUAUACUCCCUGCCAGAGACCCGCUCAAUACCCCUCCCAACCAGGACCGAGGGCCCUCUAUACUCCCUGCCAGAGACCCGCUCAAUACCCCUCCCAACCAGGACCGAGGACCCUCUAUACUCCCUGCCAGAGACCCGCUCAAUACCCCUCCCAACCAGGACCGAGGACCCCCUAUACCCCCUGCCAGAGACCCCCUCAAUACCCCUCCCAUCCAGGACCGAGGACCCCCUAUACUCCCUGCCAGAGACCCGCUCAAUACCCCUCCCAACCAGGACCGAGGGCCCUCUAUACUCCCUGCCAGAGACCCGCUCAAUACCCCUCCCAACCAGGACCGAGGACCCUCUAUACUCCCUGCCAGAGACCCGCUCAAUACCCAUCCCAACCAGGACCGAGGACCCUCUAUACUCCCUGCCAGAGACCCGCUCAAUACCCCUCCCAACCAGGACCGAGGACCCUCUAUACCCCCUGCCAGAGACCCGCUCAAUACCCCUCCCAACCAGGACUGA